GAAAUGGAGUUUUAAGUUCAAUGAGCCUGGCUCAAUUUUUCGUCAGGAUCUAGUACGCAUAGGCUUUUGCUUUGGCACGGUGAAACAUGGUGAGCAAAUCGGACUGUACAGAGGUUUAAAAAUUCGGCUCGGAUAAAAUAUGGAGUACAAAGACUUUGCCCCAAACGAAGUGUACCAUACCGAGAAGGAACUGCUUGAGUGUUUGAAAAAGAAGGACAAAUAUUCGCUUGAAAGUAAUCUAUCCAGCUCCAAGGCGCUGCUGCGUCGCCAGGUCGGUAAAAAUGGUGAUAAUUUGUACGAUUUACUGGUACGGUUAGUUACAAACUUACUCGAAAAUGCACCGGCGGAUGCAGUUGAUCAUUUUGAGGAAUAUUGUCGGCUAGCCAAAAUUGAUUUUUUAAACCCGGAUCCGUUCCCGCUACCUGGUCGCCGGGAUGAUAGCGCGAUGCUGAAGCAAGCACAGCUGGCUAAGCAGACGUUGCAAGCCUUGACCCACAUUGAGGAUGAAUCCGUUUCCAAUCACUCAAAACUUGUUGUGUUAAUUCAUCGCGGACUGAACACGAUAGGGUGGGAUCUUCCCCGUGGGUACGAUUACUUUAUCAGCGCACAAAUAGAACGUACGCUUCGCGACCAUCCGCGGGCGGUGUCGUGCGAAUUCUGGGGCAUCCUGAGGUCACUGCAUUGCGAUUACUAUGUCCUGGAGGUGGAGCUGCGAGAGAAAAGUGUCGAGUACUGUGCCUACCGGGGCGUGAUUGGAGAACGGCCGGAAAUUGUAACCGACAUAAUCGAGAUUGUUCUCGACAAGACGCUCCAGCAAAGCAGUGAAGAUAUUUUGCAGCACCUGACUGCUGAGUCUUUAGAAGAUCUAGCUCAGUCGGCGAUGAAGCACAUCGUAGACAAGCUUCAGCUGGUGGAUAGGGAAAUUGAAGAGCAGUACUGUCGCCUGGACAUGGAAACAAUGUUCACAGAAUUGAUCGAUCGGUUGUCUUGCAUCUCUGGGGAACCUUCCUCGGAUGAAAGCUCCACGAUGCUAACUGAUCCGUGCGCCGCUUCCCGCCUUUCCGUACACUCGACGGCCUCGAUGCUGCGAAUUCGGCUGGAACGACUCCAGCUAGAGUCUCGGCUUAACAAACGAAUGUUUUUGGUGUCGCAAAAUCCGCGCACCCAACCGUGGCAUGUUUUACCGGAUAUUACUCUGGAGCAGCUCGAAGCCACCGAGGGUUUGCGCACCUUUCUACAGGGAAAUCUGGACGCACCGGUGCCCCAGAUCGUGAAGCCAUUUGAUGGCGUGGAGAAGAAUUUGUUGCGUGCGCUAGUUUGCAAAAUUUCGUCCCAUCGCGAUUGUCACAUCAAUGGGUCAGAGACAAACCUGUCGCUCGUGCGUUGCCUGUCCGGAAUGUACAGCUCGGUGGUCGGUUUCAAUCAGGAGUUGCUGCAGGAAAGGGCCGAACGCUGGUGGGAGCGGAAGGAACAGGCGCUACAGUACUGGCUGUCGGAAACGUGGCCCGGACUGUGCACCUUUAACGAUGGGGAACAGUUCCGCUGCUUCUACGUUGGAUGGGGUUUAGAGCGGCGUACCAAUUGGUACUGUCCGAUUGUUCGUAUACCGAAGAUGGCGCGCGAAUACGAAGAACAAUGCAAUAGCGUAGUUUCGCAGCAUUCGGAAGAUUUGCUUUUCGACGAUAACUCUUCAUCCAACUCGACGUCCCUAUCGUCCCUCGCAUGAUUGGUGAUGGUUGGGAUUUUUUAGUACGAAAUUCAGCAAAACUAUGCCCGCGAUGUGAAUGAUUUUGGAAAUAUUAUUGAAUCAAUGUAAAAUACGUAACAAAUUUUUUACCGGUUUUUUCUUUUUGCAAAAAUAAAAAUUUCAAAACGA